AUGGAUUUCAUUCUCUCCUUGACGCAUUUUUGCGAAGUACACGGCCCUACCUCGAUCCUCUGCUCCCAAGUUCUACCCUUUUCAUGCACCCAGUGCCAUCCCUCAGAGGCCGAUGGCUCGGUCUCUCCCUCCGGUACCCCGUCUACCUCUCACGAGACCACGUCCUCAACGACUUCAUCACUCCGAAACAAACUAUCCUCCUCACUCACAGCAAGCAUAAAAUCAAAUUCCGCCAAUGCUUCCCAGAAUAUUGAGGACCAUCCAUAUUUCUUGAAAGCGCAAAAGUCGCAAUCGCAGAUCCGGGUGGACCCGGCCUCUGAGCGUGUGAAUCGCGUCGGCGGAGUCAACGGCGACACAUGCGCUAGCUGUAGCAUCUCUUUGCCUGAAGAUGUCAGCAAGAAACUACCGGCCAGCUCAUCAGGCCAAUCCGACGGCGAGAACGGCCGAGGCGCAAAAAACAACAGCCCUGUAUUAAGGUCCAGGGAAGUCGUGCAUUCAUGCGGCGGCGGUAACAGACACUCGGAUAUCUGUGUUGCUGAAGAUGAUGAUGGUGCGCAUGAGCACGAUGCACAACAUGCAUCCCUACCGGACUCUGUCCACUCCGUUUCCGUCACAUCUUCAUCCUCCGAUACCUCGUGUCACACUCACAUCCUGACCUAUCUUUCUCUUCACGGACCCCCUAAUCCAGCUGACUACGCUCUGCUCCGACAAUCGUCCAUCCGCACCCUGAGCUGCGAAUUGUUACCGCGCGGUCUUUCGUCCGGUCCCCUGUGUUUCGGUGACCCCGUGGCAGGUUACACAAUCGCCUACGUAUUCCGUCUACCCGACCCAAUGGCGCGCGGAAAACGUCGUAGUUAUGCAUUAAUCGCCCUGGCUGGGAAAGAUGCUGGGCGCGCCUUCCGAGCUUCUCCGAUCAUCUGGCGCAUCUUCCAGCGCAUUGCCGCGGGUAUUGUAACUGCUGCAGAGAAACACCAAGAGGAAGAAAAGAUGAGAGAAGAGCAGGCAUUCCGUGCAUCUACUACCUCAUCUACUACUGGGCGUCAUGACUACACCCCUAUUUCUUCCUUCUUGACGGGCCGCACAUUAGACGCCAACGGCAAUCCGCGGCGGGCGGGUCAGAUUCGAGCUCGAAAUCUAGCCGAGAUUGUGGGCAAUGAAUAUAUUUUUGCUGAAUUACAUGCCCAGUUCGUGACCCUCCUCCAACAAUUGGGGAAUAUGUUUGGCGGCGUCCCCAUUUCCGACGAACGAUUCGUGUGCAGCACUGUCUCUUCAUCAGAGUCACCCGUGAGCCAGUCCCGUCGCACAAGCGUGGCCGUCCCUAAACAAGGGCACAGUAGACAGCCGAGCGAAUUGGCAUUGUCGAGUUUGAACAUUUCGUCUGCUCCACAACCGAUUCCGAUCUCGCCUAGACGACCUAUUGUUGCUUAA